GUAGCGAGGCGGGCACGCCUUCCCUUCCGCGCCUCCGCUACCCUCCAAACCGCCGAACCAAACGAGCCCAGCACCCACCGCCCGAAAUAAUCCUAUAUAUCAAUCGACGCAUCGAAAUCUUUUCCUCCACUCCUACCAGCACCGGGCAAGUGUACAACUCCUCUUCCCCCUCGUCUGCUGUUCCUUUCUCCGGUAGCUAGCCGGCAGUCUGCGCAGCAAGAGAAGAAGAGAGAGUUCUGCUGCGAAGAUGGUGGCGCCCGUGGUGAUCGCGUCGGCGGGGCUCGGGAUGCUGGCGGGCGUGGUGAUGGCGAACCGGACGACCGGGGACGGGCUGCCGGCGGCGUCCAGGUGGGACGCGCGGCCCCGUUGCUCCACGUGCAGCGGCACCGGCCGGGAGGAGUGCCUCUGCAGCCGCUGGUCCGACGGCGACGUCGGCUGCGGGACGUGCUCCGGCUCCGGCCGCAAGCGGUGCCGCAGCUGCGGAGGCUCUGGCACCGGCCGGCCGAUCCCGGCACGGCUCAUCGUCCAGCAGCAGAAGCUGCCGACCGCGCCCGGGCGACGCGGAGGCUACAACUGAUGUUCGUCGUCGGUUUCGCGGAGGAAAUUAAACCAGAAGUGCAAUUAGGCAGAACAUAAUAGUUAUGCAUAAAACAUUUUUAGAGCUCCUUUGAUUCAAGGGAAUUUAUAGAAAUUUUAGAGGAUUUAUGUCCUUGGGGAUCUUUCCUGCGUUGGCAGGUUGAUUCACAUGAUUACAAUUCUUUGGAAUUUUCCUUUGGAUUCAUUUCCAUUCUAUUUUGGAGAAAAAAAAAUCAUUCGCUCAA